AUUGAAUAGUAAUCAUUUCGUCUGCGUCCGUAUGGUAUCUAUAGUCCGUAACCUGAACUGGUGGUACCCGGAUGAGCGGCAACCAAGUGCGCGUUUGCUGAAAGUGCGCGCUUUUACCAAUUCCUCGGAACUAGUUGGAACACACAAGCUGAAUAACAAGAUUGAGUAUAUUACACUUAUUGGUAAAUACAAGCCGAUUGAACGUCCUCCAGAUAUACUUUCAAGGAAUAGCCGCCCUACAUUGGUUUACCGUAAAUCCAAUGAAUUCAUUAUUAGUGAAUCAGAAUUGGAAUUCAAUAGAUCCAAGACUCCUGUAUCAUCAAUUGCCAUGCCAAACCGCCGUAAGCCUGCCCGUCCACAUCUAGGACCCUCAUUUCGUAUUGUCGAUGAACACUCGGCUGACCGAGUCUCUACGGAAGGUGUCUUCGAAAAUAUGGUUCUACGCGACCAGCUCACUUCAGUUAGGGAAUAUAAGAUCUAUCGCGUGAACAUUGAGGCCCAAGGGCUGUUGGCCGUGCGCUUCGUGAAUACAACUCACGAUGUGGUGGUAAAGUUGCAGACCGUGAAUCAACCUUUCCGUGACGAAAUUAAAACAUCAUCGUGCAUUGUCUACGCCAAUGAAACGGAUCGCAUUAUGCUACUUCGUAACCCAUGCCCCAAAGCAGUUAAAGCCUAUAUGGGCUUGGCUUUAGCCACCAACGAUAGUCAUGAUUUGGUGAACGGUUCGGCUGAGAUAUAUUUCCUUUUUCAGCUCCGCGACUGCGACUAUUGGAUGUACAAUGAUCCAGUUGAUCCGCAUUGGUCCCAGUAUGGCUGCCUGCCAGCCAUGGAACUUGAUAUUCAUACUGGAAUAAUUUGCAUAUGCGAAUACCUAAGCACAUAUACAGCCUAUGUGUAUAAUGUACCCAUUAUACCAGUGCCCAUAAAUCAUUCGACGGAUUUUCUAAACAGGAAUAUUUACAUUGCGAUCUUCAGUUGUUUCUGGUUGUCAUUAAUAUUACUUAUAUUGUUUGUGUGGUGCUGUAGCAAAAGGCUUAUUGCGCUAGAAUGCUCAAGGCCGGAUGAUGAGGUGGAACAACAACUUUUUGAAGGCAACGAGGAACAUAUGUUUCUUAUUCAUCUAAAAACGGGAGGAGGUGAAAAUAGCGGUACCACGGCCAAUGUUCAGAUACGAUUUGUGCAGCCAACGCAUGAACAGGUUUGCUACACCAUAUCCCAGGAUCCUACGCGACCCAAGCUUCGCACAAAUACCACCCAUACAUUGAUUUUAAGAUCGCGCAUCAUACGUUUACCCACUCAGCUGCAAAUUAAUCAUGACGGUGGUGGACGUUACUCCUCCUGGUACCUUAGCAGUGUGGUUGUACAGGACGUAACGACCCAGACAACGCAGGCAUUCCAAAUUCAUUUGUGGUUGCGGACGCACAACACAGUUGUAUCACGUGGCAAAAUAAUUGACAAACAAGACAGAUUCGUGGGAAGAUGGUGCUAUCGUUUCAAGCGCAGCAUGGAGCGCAAUUGCACCAAUUGGUUCGGAGUUCAACCAGUUAUAGGCAGCUGGCGUUGGCAUCUCGGCAACCGCUGUUUCUCGCGCUUUGAGCGCGUCUGCAUCUUUGUUAACAAGCUAGGCGUAACAGUUUGCAUCAUUGUCCUCUAUUUUGGCAAAGAUAGCGAACAUAACCGGGAGAUGUUAUUUCGAAAGACACGUGGAAAGAUGUUGCUGCCUAUUAUUGAGAUAAUCUACCUAUCCUGUGUGUGCUACCUUGCCAGUUGUAUAGUUCAGUUUUUCUAUGAAAUUUUGCUUGUCAAAAUUGCAAGACUGUAAACCGGGUUAACAAAUUCUGUAUUUCUGUUUCAAUAAAAGAUACUCUUACCGUAUAA